AUGAAUGCCAAUUUUGCGACUGAAAUAUUAGUUACGUGCGCAAUUGAAACAAAAGUAGAACACGUGGAAGGAGAAUCAUGGGAAGGGUCAACUAUUUUUUCCGAGAAAUUUAAAGAUUACCACAACCUAAAAAUUAAAAGACAAGGACAAAUUCGGUGUGCAGUGUAUUUCCCUAAUUACUUCCAGUCCCACAUUAUCGGGAGACUAGAAAAGCUCAUUGAAUUCUCACAUCGUUACCAUACUUGCUGGAACUGUUCAUGGAAGCACAAGUCUCAUCAUCUAAAGGGAAGUUCGUUAAGCACCAGUUAUCGAUGUUGGAAUUUGCGCCGACAGCCUUGUAAAGAAAUAACAGCCUCCAGUAUCAAGUUGUUUCAAUCACCGCGGCCAUCCAUAAUCGGUUCCGUAAUUUCAGUGUCGGUUGACCCAUCUAAUGUCUUUCACGAUAACCAUGAUGGGUGGGUAACGCGGCAGCUUAACCUUGUAACGAGGCAAUUAGCGACAAACACAACUACAGUUAACAUUGCUUGUGCUAAACUGGUUAAUGUCACGGGGCCGUGUCGUCGUCGUCGAGGGCUCUGGUUGGAAGAGCCCAUCGUUCUGUCUUUCGACGAAGAAACUGAAAAAUUGACCGAGAUUUUGUUUACGCCCCCGUACAGGAUGGAGACGACUGAAAUACCAAACACAAGUGUCAUCGAUUUCACUAGUGAAUCUCCUAGUGGUGCAACCGUUACGAACAUCGAGGAUGGCCGUUUAGUACCAUCGAUGCGCGAAUCCCGAGAUCUUGAUUUGCCACAUUCCCGAAUCUAUUUCCCGUUCGUACUCAGUCUCGUUACGAGGUUCAUAUCGGCACUUACUGCCGGUAGGCCGUCUGUGCCAAUUGGAGGAAACCCUACGCUAACUGGCGGUGUUUUGCCUAUUUUUGUACCUUCGCAAACGGUGACUGUCACCGUGACCAAUACGUUCUUUGUCCAGCUCUGCACCCCUUCCCCAUUUCCUUUCUCGGAAUGCCUUCAAUUUCGCAAACGAUAUUGAGUAUUUACCCCAAGACUUUCGGAUGGUACAUUUUUUGUAUAGUCAGGUUGCUUUUUUGCUCACGUGUUAUUUAUUUUAACGUUGCUAUUUAUUGAAUAUCUGUUUUAACGAAUGGUUUGGUAAAUGUGCUAUUUAUUGGAUGGGUCAACUUAACAAAGAUUAUUCUUUAGGACAGUAACGGCUUAACUGUAUCGGCUAUUUCUUAAUCCGUAUACAUUAACAGAACUGGU